CAAUACCUAAAAACGAGAGAGAAGUCUGUAUGCGAGAAGUGAUUCCGAAAACAAAAAACUGCUCUGCUUAUCAAUUUCGACAGCAAUUUGUCUCCAGCAUCCGUAAAAGUGAAAGAUUCAAAAUUUCCCAUUUUUUUACUUCGUAUAAUGAGGUUGAAAUUAACAUCAACGGAACCCUAACCCCCACCCCUCGAAAUCUGUACUACGAUGGUGAAGGACUGGUGGACCUACAAUGACGAUCCUUUUUUAUUUUUGAAAUUAAAUAUUGUUGAUGAUUCUUGGAUUGUGACGUGUGAAUGGAAUCGAAGAAGCCUGCUGUGAAGGUGAAAGAAGAGAAGCAGAAGGGACAAGAAGAUCAAAAACCGAAAGUAAUAGAAUGGGAGGAUUGCGAGCAGGAGCUGGCGCGACUCUGUAGUUUGACAUCCGCACUUGAAGAAGCGAUUCGCAAGAAAAAUAAUCUUGAACAGAAACUCAAUUCCCUUAAACAAGUAGAAACCCAAACAUUAAGCCGGACCAAUGAGCUUGAUGAGAUGCAUGAAAAGUUGGAAUCUGGUAAAUUGGUGAUGGGAAACAUGUCAAUGCAUUCAAAGGUUGUAGAGGAGAAAGUAAGAAAGCAGGAGGAGCAACUUAGUUCGGAAAUUAGAUCUUUAUUGGUUGCUGGAGCUGCUCUUUCUGCUCCCAGCAAACGCAUGCAGGACUCAAAUAGAUCACCUACUGGAGAAAAAGGUUAUGUUCAUCUCAAAAACUUGCAGAAGUCAUUAAGAUUGAGACAGCGAUAUAUGGUAUCACAAGUUUCACUGCUUUAUCCUGUGAAGGUUGUAAUUGGACGUGCUCCUGAGCAAGAACUUGAAUCUUUCACUAGCAGUAUCAAAUCAGGAGGUUCUCGAUCAUAUAUACGUGAUUAUGCACCUGCAAUUGAUCAUUCAAUGUCCAGUUCAGACUCUUAUUCAGUAAGUUUGACAAGUUUGAAGCUGGUCGAAUUCCCUCUCUUUAUAGAAGGGCAAGACUUCACAAGAGCAGCCUAUGCUGUGUUCUUGUUAAAUAAGGAUUUAGAGCAGCUCCUGAAUUUUAUUGGAGUGAAGAGCUUAGGGCCAUGCUAUGUUCUUGCUAAUUUGAAGGAGCUUUUGAGGACCAUCCUUUCUUCAGAAUAUAUAGAGAUGUAAGUUUGAAAUGUUAGAAUUGAUUGUUAGUUUUUGUAAAUGGACUGAUUGUAUUCUAAUUUCUUAUAGAGGUGCCAAUUUUUUAAGAAGCACCUUUUGAAAUGUUAGAAUUGAUUGUUAGUUUUUGUAAAUGGACUGAUUGUAUUCUAAUUUCUUAUAGACGUGCCAAUUUUUUAAGAAGCACCUUGGCAUAAAUCUUGGUCCA